AUGCCAGUUUUAAGACUUGAUACAGUAGUAAUUGGUUAUACUACACAACAGGUUACAAGAAAAGAUGAUGAUAGUAUAUUAGGAUUUACAAUACAAGAAUAUCUUGGUGACUUUGAACAGCUUAAGUUUUCAUUAGAA